GAUGAGACAGGCCAUGACGUCGAGUACACAGCACAUCAGAUUCAUCUUUCUUCGGACAGCUGGCACACGCUGGAUGGUCACGCUGCCGAUGCCGAGCUGAUGAUCUUGCAUAAGCCCAAAGAUCAGAGCGACAUGAUCAAGGGCGGUGUGAUCUUGAGCGUCAUGUUCGAGCAUGACGACUCUGCGGACAGCCCUCUUUUUGAGCACCUCGGUAUGCCGAAGGAUGGCCCCGAGAUGGAAGCUCACAGUUCUUGGCCGCUGCCGCACUACGUGGACCUUGCGCAGGAGCUCAAGGCUGCUGUGUCUGGCGCAACCUACCACUAUGAGGGAUCCGUUCCAGUGCCGCCCUGCACUGAGAACAUCAAGUACCUGGUGCUCGGCAAGGCCACGGGGAGAUCUGGGUCUGGGUCGUUUUGA